AUGCCAAAGAAGGGAGAUCUGAGGGACUGCAGUAAUGCUCCUGUCAGUACUGGCAAGGUCCUCCACAGAAUACUUCUCGAGGGAAUGAAAGAAGCAGUGUACCAAAAGCUCUGUGACCAGCAGGCUGGUUUUAUAGCCAAUAGAUCAUGUGCACCAGAUAGCAAGUCUGUGCAUCAUUAUAGAGCAAUCUCUGGAGUGGAAAUCCCUUCCCCCUCCUAUGUCAACUUCAUUGACUAUGAGAAAGCAUUCAACAGGGUGGACCUAGAAACAUUGUGGAAGAUAAUGAGGAACCAUGGAAUUUCAGAGAAGUUAAUCUCCCUGAUUCGAAACACCUACCAAGGCAUGAUAUGCAGAGUUGGCAUUGUUGUCCAGAUGUCUGAGAAUUUCAAGAUCAAGACAGAAGUUCGACAACGAUGCUUGCUGUCACCAUUUCUUUAA